CUUGUCAUCAUACGCCACCGCCGCCGUUCAUAUAUAUUCCUGCUGGUAGCAUGGCCAACCCAACGUUAUACAGACAACUCUAAACGCCCACAGACCUUCUCCCAUUCACCUGAAGUCAACAUGACCGAACCAUCGCAGAACACCAUGUCCGGGUCGAACCCAAUGAACUCUACGUUCAAGGAUCCUACCGCGUUUCAAUAUUCAUCAGGUGGCACGCGUAGCGACCAGAGCGAGUCCAUUGGCUCGGGAACGAAAGCGCUGCUCGAUACGCCCGUUGACCUUGGCAGGAAGGAGGCUGUAGGAGACCCGAAGCCGAGUAUGGUAGCGCAGGGAGGUGCUACGUAUGACCCUGCGUCGCAGAUGACCGCACAAUCACGAUACGGGUCGAGGAGAGACGCGGAUCUCGAGGAGUCGAAGACGCUACCGGGUGCGGAAGGGCCAGUAGUGAAAGGCAAUAAGUCUGCUGUCGAGGACCUUAAGCAAGAGGUCGGCUAUGUUGAGGGACAGCUCGGCAGCGUCGCCACACAGACGAGAAACUACUAGACGUCCGACUCGCGAGCGAUGACGGACUGCGCUCCACUGGGACAUUGUACGAUCAUGAAGCUGCAUCAACGAAGCAUUUGUAUAUUACAAACCAUCUUGGCAAACACCUUUGGGUGAUGAGAUUUGCGUUGCAUGUGGCCG